CCGCACACACACAAACUCUCUCUCUCUCUUUCUCUCUCAUCAAUGGAGUUCUGGGGCGUUGAAGUAAAACCCGGAGAAACAGUCAAGUGUGAGCCAGAGGAGGAGAGAUUAAUACAUAUUUCACAGUCUGCACUUGGAGAAACUAAGGAAAAAGGAGAGAAUGUACCGAUUUAUGUGAAAUUCAAUGAGAAGAAGCUAGUUCUUGGGACUCUUUCUUUGGAGAAAUGUGCCCAGAUUUCUCAUGAUUUAGUGUUCGAGAAAGAAUUUGAAUUGUCCCAUGGCUCUGAAAAUGCUAGCGUCUAUUUAUGUGGAUAUAAGUCUGACAUUCCAUCUGAAGAGUAUCCUAGUGAUGAUGAUAUCUAUGACUUUGAGGAAGAUGUUCCAGUUGAUCUGGAUGGCAAUAGCAAGGUGCUUGGCGGGAAACCCAAGGAAGAGAAUGUGGUGACAAAACCAAAGGGUAAAAUGAGUGGACCAACUAAAGCUGAGCCAAAGCUUGAUGAGGAUGACGAAGAUGAUUCAGAGGAUGAUUCUACGGAUGAUUCCGAGGGUUCUGAUGGUGAUGAGGACAUGAUGGAGGCAGACAGCGAUGAUGACGAGGACAGUGGCAGUGAUGGGGAUGAUGAAAGCUCUGAGGAUGAAGAAGAGGCUACUCCAGAGAAGGCUGCUGCUAAUGGUAAAAAGAGACCAGCUGGAUCAGCACCAAAAACCCCUGCCGAGAAGAAGGCCAAGCUUGUGACCCCAGCUGGGCAGAAAACAGGUGGUGACGGAAAGAAGGGUGCACAUGUUUCAACCCCGCACCCUGCGAAAAAGGAGGGAAAGACACCUGCAAACAGCGAUAAGGGGAAGCAGCAGACUCCUAAAUCUGCCGGUUCUGUUAACUGCAAAUCAUGCAGCAAGUCUUUCCACUCUGAGAAAGCUCUUGAAUCUCAUACAAAAGCUAAACACAGUGAUGGCAAGUGAAGGGAGUGGAAGAGUUGAAUACCCAAUUUUGUUAGUUUCCUAUAUAAGGCGUAUG